AUGAAGAGCUUGAGAAAGCAAGUGGAGAUACUAAUAGCCAGGGGCGAAUUGACAGACUAUUUGAUUAACCCGGGACAGCAAAGGCAGCAUGAGCGAACCCGGGCAACUCUAAAAAUUGCGACAGAAAAUCAUCCAGUCCGAGUAAUCAAUACGAUUCAUGGUCGUCCGGAGGAGGACGAGCAACCAGAGAAUUCUUACAGGAUUCAUCUCAAACAAGCCCAUAAGUUACGAAAGAUUGGCGAGAUUAAUGAUGUAGGCUACAGACCUAACCCAACACAGUUUUCUUUUCAAGAAGAAGAUCUUAGAAAGGUACAACACCCACACGAAGACCCAUUAGUAAUCAGCCUGCUAGUAGCCAAUUGUUUGGUCAAACGAGUACUGAUCGACCCAAGUAGUAGUGCUAACAUUAUAACAAAGUGGACUUUCGACCACUUGAAACUGGUUGCAGAUCAAAUUUGCCCCACCAGGAACCCCUUGGUAGGGUUCAACGGCAGAAGAGUGGAGCCCAUAGAUGUAAUCACACUAUCAGUCACAGCGGCCAAAAGAUCCCUGAAAGAGAAUUUUGUGGUUAUGGAUAUUCAUCCAACCUACAAUUUGCUAAUAGGCCGAGGGUGGAUCCACCGUAUGGAAAAGGUCCCAUCAACUCUGCAUCAAGUCAUGAGGUGCGUUGGUCCAAAUGGAAGAGAGGCCUCUUCCUCUUUUAAGGGAACGGAGGAGCCAGAAGAGGAGUGCCCUACUGAAGAACCCCUAGAGGCCAUGCAGAUAGUCGCAGGGGAUGAACACAAGCUAACCUAUAUAGGGACACUCCAAUCAGCCCAGGAGAAAAAUGAGCUGACAGAGAUUUGA